UGUUCGCACAGGAGAAGAGAAGGAGGAGGGGAGAAAGGGAAAGUGGAAGGGCUUUCAGAUUUUGAGCUUAUUUCUAAUGGUGUUCCCAUCCUGAGCUGCAAUGAUGAUGGUGGUUACUCGUUUCUAAGGUUGCGAGUGUCGUUCUGAUGGAUCAUUUUGGUGAAGCGUGUGGGAGCAGAGAAAAGUGGACUGAUUCUGUUUAAGCCGGCUGUGGAAGUCAACACUGAUUGAGGAUGAGUAAAGUGAAAGAUGAAGAGAGCAUCAUGUCAUACCUGUCGCAGAGUGAGACUGACACCAGCCCCAAAGACUUGAAUGUGGUGGCCAUGCUCCAUAACUUCUGGGAGCAGAAGCAGGCGAGUCAGUUAAAUGGUUCACUCAAUGAAUCAGACGGUUCUGGUGGGGCCGCAGUCGUCCAGACAGAGAGCCUGCUGCUGUACGAGUCUGCACCUUCCCCUGGUCCGCCGUACAUCUGCUAUGUCACCCUUCCAGGAGGAAGCUGCUUUGGUAACUAUAAGGUGUGCAACACUCAGGCAGAAGCUCGGAGGGAUGCGGCUCGCGUGGCUCUGAUGAACUCUCUUGUGAACGAGUUGCCAUGUCGACGCAUUAACCCUCAGUUCAUCACUCAGAGUUUGCAGCAGGCAGCCACAGAGAGUGCUGUCUCUAUAGAAGAUGCAUGUGAUUCAAGCACCAGUAUAGGAACUUACAGUUUGCUCCUCCACUCCUACAUGGGAAGGACAAUGUUGGAGUUCCAGGAGAUGAUGACAAUUUUCCAGUUGUUGCACUGGAACGGAACAUUGAAAGCUCUGAGGGAAAGGCAGUGCUCUCGACAGAGUGUGAUUGCCUAUUACUCUCAGCGAGGUCUUGAUGAGUACAUGCGCAGCAGCAUGGCUCUGGAUUGGCUCGGACGGGAGCAGAGGUCACCGGGGCGGCUCGGGGAGGAGCUGCAGGUGGCACAGAGGGAGCUGGUGUUGACCCGGCGUCGAGGCGUAGAGCUACGCUUCUGCAAGGAAAAGACAGAGAUCCUCAGCUUGGCUCUGAGUCAAGCAUACAUUCACCACACACCUGAAGUCUCGAGCCAGACGCCAAGUCACACAUACAAGCAGGAACAACUUCCUUUACACACACUAUACGGCAAGGGCACAGCAGUCCAGAUAACCCCACCUUGCAGUCCUUCACCAACCCUUCAUAAAAACACAAAGCAAACAGCCUGUCACACCUCUGGCAAACACAUGGCCUCAAGCAGUCCUUCACCAUGCUCACAGCAGACGUAUGUGCCUUUGAAUAACUUUGAAUAGACUGAAGCAGGAGGUAGAGGACGCACGAUAAAAGCUCUCAUUUGACUCUGAAUGGGCUAAAGAUCUGCCAGAUGUGACAUCAGUUUGGGAGAAAAAUGUCAAGCAUAGCCAUGAUCUUCAGGUUUUUUGUAAUCCUAAGAGUUCUGUCAAUUAACACAAAGAUUGUGUUAAUUUAUGUAUUAAUAAUGCUCUCACUUUAUUAACACUCUUUUAUGAAUAUAGAACUAAGAGUUAAAGUUGUGUGUAGUGUAUUUGCAACUUUAACUACAAGAAAUACAGCUUUCAAAUAAUUUGAAUCAACUAGUAGGAAAUGUAGUUAUACUGUAGCAGUGACCAUCUGUUUUUCUAUGAAGAGCACUCUUCUUUAAUGCCUUACCUUUUAUUAAUGUUCCACUCUGUUGUCUCUCUGAGAUGUAUAUUAUGAUACAUACGAUACCUGUAACAUAGAAUACAGGAAUUUUAAAAUGAUUUAUCAGCAACUCAGGGUUUCUCCCUGCCUCACUCUUCCUGUUUUCCUCCCUGUCUACCAAGUCAUCUGGCAUGUCAUUUUCCUCAAUGGAUACUGACUGACUGUGUGACAUGUUGGCUGGAUGUUAUGAAACAGAGUCUGUUAUGAGUGUGACACAUUCAUUUGAUAAUGUUAGUAGCGAGGUAUGAAAUACAAUCAGGUUUGUAUGUAUCAAGUAGAUUAGAAGAUGAUAGGAGAUGACUGGUCAGGUCAACUGCAGCUGUAUCUAAUAGAGUCAGCACUUAUGAUGUUCUUCAUGAUGUAAUCCUAACAGGCAAAGAGUAUUUGAUUCUCAUAGGUCUGGUUAAGGACAGGGAGUGAAUGCAUUUUAAAGGGAAAUAUUGACUUUAUCA